GAAAAUUCGUAAACGUGAGUUAAGCGAGGUAAGCAGAGCAGAGUUUCGCAAUUCUUCGAUUAUUAACGCAAUUGAUACUUGCGAUUGAAGGUUUGUCAGAAUGAUGAUCGUUGAGAAGACUUGUACCACUUGGGUAAGUCUCCCGAGUUAAAUGCGUUGACAAUACUACCGUUGAGUAGCGACGAUAAAUACCCUCCAUCUUCUCCUCAAAAUCCAGAAUCCAGAAUUUUCACGCAGCAAGCACACAGAUCUCCUACAAAUCCGACAAUCAGGCAAUAACCAGUCGAAAAAUCUCGCAUCAAACCUAAAAACAAUGUCUUCCUUCAAGGGCUCCGUCAGCGUUACUUAUAUCGGUACUGCCACUGCGCUGCUUCAAAUCGACAAUGUCAGCUUCUUGACCGAUCCUUUCUUCUCUCCUUCUGGCUCAGAAUGGGUGCGCCCCGUGGUCGUGCUCAAGAACACUCAAGAUCCCGCAGUCAAACCCGAAGACCUUCCUCAUAUUGACGCCGUCCUCCUCAGUCACGAGGAUCACCCCGAUAACCUCGACGAGAUCGGUCGCAAGGUCCUCGAAGGCAAAAAGGUUUUCACAACCAAAGAUGGCGCUGUUCAGAUUGGAGACAAGGCCAUAUGCACAGGUCUUAACCCCGGUGACAAGGCUACCCUCGUCGCUGGCGGUAAGACUUUUGAGAUAAUUGCGACGCCAGCAGAACACGCUCCGCAGGGCGAGUGCAUCGGCUUCAUUGUCACUUCUUCCGACUUUGGUACAACCAAUGGUCUUCCCAACGCCAUCUACUUCUCUGGCGACACCAUCUACAACCAAGAUGUUGCCAACAGCCUCAAGAGCUACCAUAUCAGCCUCGCUCUGCUCAAUCUUGGCAAGGCGUCUAUUCAAGUAGGACAACCUGAGCCUCUUGAAAUUACUAUGGAUGGUAAACAGGCUGCACAGCUUAUCAAAGAUGCUGGCGUUGAGAAAAUUGUGCCCCUGCACUUUGAGGGAUGGGGCCACUUCACUGAGGGUAAGGAUCCGGCUUCGAAAGCCUUUGAUGAGGCAGGUGUUAGUGAGAAAGUCUUCUGGCUUCCUCGUGGUGAACGAAAAGUCAUCUUCUGAAGAGGAAUAGCAUGAUCAUUGCCGGGUGAUUUUGGAAAAGAUCAUAUCUGGCCUAUUUUGGGAUGUCAUUGGUUGCAGAGACGAAUGAUUUAGCGGAAAUAAAAAUUGAUUUGAUCUCUCACCCCAAAUCUCAUACACCGUCAUCGUCCACUAUAUACUGAGCAAUAUAGUCGUAACCCUUAUUUCUGAUGCCGUCAAUCAAUCCCUCGCACCAUGAUAUCAACUCGUAGUCGUAAAAAUGGUUGAAUCGGA